UGUAAACGUUGUCGAAACAGUUCCGAACACAGUAGUGCAACACAUGGUUAGGCAUCUGUUAAAAAUCUGUGGGAAAUAUCGACUAUUUUCACUGGGAACCGCAGCGGAACGGUACUGUAAUCGAAGUGUUUUCCACACGCACCUUAUUAGCACGAGCACCCCGUGCAAUAUGUAAACAGACGCGGGAAAGUUCUGCACGAACGUUGUUGUCAGACGACAGAUUUAGAGAAAAAGUGUGUUUUAUUCAUGACAGACGUUUUAACGCUUGUGUUUAAGACGUUUAUGUCACAAAGGAAUGUAAGGAAAGACGUUAAGGUCCCUCCUCUAUCACCGACAGCAUGCAGCGCUCUGGUAGUCGGGGACCAAAGCAUCAGCCGCUCUGUGCUGCUGCUGGCGGCCGUGACCGCUGCCUCAGAGAUGGGGAUGAAAGUGAUUUUCUUCACCCAAACACAAAUUCAGAGCCUUCCAGUGUCUCUGCAGAAGUGUGUUCCCAGCCUGAGCCCACAGUGUCUAAAGAAAAUCAAGUUUUCCUAUCCCAGGACAGUGGAGGAGCUGCUGCAACAGGUGGCCAGCCUUCACGAGUCCACCAACACGUCUCCCACACCUCCUUCGCUGAUCAUAGUCGACAGGCUGGAGGGCUACCUGCGUGGUCCUCGAGAUGGCAGCCACAGUGGAUUUCACCCAGGAGAGCAGUCCUGUGCUGCACACCUGUCUGCACUGCUGUGCGACAGUGCUGCCUUUCUCACACAUCUCCUGAAACAACGCUCCUCGAGCUCGGCCCCCUGCCGUCUCAUCGCCUCUUUCCAGUCAGAAGGGGACACUGGACAGACCAGCCACGAGGCCUCCGCCACAGAUCCCAUCCUUGAUGUUCUUGAUCGUUAUUUCCAGGUACGCUGUACUCUGGACCGAGACAGGAGCUAUGAGGCUGCAGCAGCUGGACUACAGGAGGCGUGGCAUAUUUACUUUUCUGAGACAGCCAUCACAGAGGCCUCUAGUACCAAAGACCAUGAGGACAGGCCAGGUGUAGCCCAAGAGUGGCAACUUCUCAUUUUCCCUGAUGGUUUAAUGGAAUUCAGGUUGGUGUAAAAAUGUCUGUGUCAAAGACUGGUGGGGUAAUAAUAGUCAUGACUCCUCUGGUACAAUGUUGUGAUAAAACCAGUCUCUCACCAAACUUUGUUGCCUUAUCACUGUUACAGCAUGAUGUAAUCUGCUGCUCACCCUUUCAGAUAUCAGGUAAGGAGACCACAGUGGUUGAAGAUGUACAACAUUUAAUGAGUUUAAAUUUAAAAUGACUUAAAGCUCUGUCAAACGCAAGAAUACAAUCUUACACAAAAUUACAAAGACAUUGAGGAAUGAUAUAAUUGAACAGUGGUUACUGGCAUUUUUGGUGUAAGACUUCAUGAAAUUAAGCUAACAGUCCCUAAAAGAAAAAAGAAAAUGUAGAAAAAUGCAUUAAAAUAAAAACGUACUGUUCUAGCAUAUUAAUGUCUUCUUUCUCAUCCCCUGAAUCAUCUUGCGACCCCUCAGUUUAGUCUUGCAACCCUUUGAGGAGUCUCGUUCCUCAGGUUGGGAACCAACCAGCUGACUGAACGGCUGGAGUGAUUGACAUGUGUGAGACGUCAGACUCAAGUGGCUGAUAUCACAGUUGAAGUAUUUUACAAAUCAGAAAAAAAACACAGAAAAUAAUUAUUUUGAAAAAUAAUGUAAUUUCAGAAUAGCAUUCUGACUGUUAAUAAAAUAUCGCUCUACUUCCAAGUAAACUACUAAUGAAGACAUUUUUAUUAAAAAAUUCAUACUAAUAAAGAGAUAUUCACCAUGUGAGUGUGACAAAUGUAAGACUUAAUCAUAGAAUGAAUGUUACAUAAUAGGAAAAAAAGCCCAAAUAAUAUGUGAUCCACAAAUGUGAAA